AUGUCGAGUCAAACUUCCGCUGCUUUUCUCGACGACGAACUUUCUGGAGCCUCGUCGCUGUCGUCGUUCCCGUUUUCUCAGCCACCGAACUCCCCUUAUCAGCCGAACCAAAACCUCUAUGAAAUUCAAACCCUAGACGACGCUUUUGAUCGUCUUUCUGUCUCCCCUUUCAGCUUCAACAAUCUCCCGCCAUCUCUUCCUUUCGAUCAUCGCGAUGGUUUCAACGCCGUUACAAAAACCGAGCCUUUUGAUCGCCGUGGCCAUCAACACCUUCAAAGCUCCAAUCUUGUGGGCCAAAUUCAAGAGACACAUGGCGGCUCCAUCAACAACACGAGAGCUGCUGCCAAUGCUGCCUUGGUGACACCGGAGAAUAAUCCUCCGGAGGGACACGACGGAGACGCUGGAAACUCGAACGGCAUUUGGCCCGGUUCUUCCAAUAGAACAAUCGGUGCUUCAAGCAGGUCCUACAGCUCUUCAAUGAAUGAUUUUUUUCCGAGUGGAUACAGUAGCAGGGGUUUUCCGAGUAUGCCGUUUUCGAAUGGGGCUGUUGAUCAAUUUCAUCAACGAAAUUCGGGUGUAGGAGGUGGUUCGAGUUUUCCGGUGGCGGCGGGGUUGAAUAAUAUUAAUAAUAACAACAAUAGCGUUGGAGGGCGUUCUUAUCUGUUCCAUGAUUUGCGAGGAAAGGUUGUGAUGAUGGCUAAGGAUCAGAACGGAAGCAGGAUUUUGCGGCAGAAGUUGGAAAGACUGACCCCUCAGGAGGUUUCUUUGGCGUUCUUGGAGAUGAUAAAUCAUUUUGCUGAGUUGAUGGUUGAUCCUUGUGGGAGCAAAGUUGUUCAUGAUAUUCUUAAACUUAUCAGGGAACAACAGAGGACCCUCAUCAUCAUGAUGAUAACCAAAGUUAAUUUACAGCUUGUUGAAAUAUGCCUUAACCCUCAUGGGUCCUGCACUGUUGAGAAAUUAUUGGAACAUGUUACCAACCAGGAGCAACGAGCCCUUAUUGUGAGAGGUUUAAGACCUGGUGCUGUUUCAUUGGCUACUGAUACACAUGGUCAUAGGGUACUUAUGUAUUGUCUUAAGCAUUUCUCUCAUGAAGAGAGUAAGUAUCUUCUAAGCGAACUUGCAAAUCACCUCUUUGGGAUCGCAACAGAUAAGACCGGUUGUUGUGUGAUACAAGAAUGUGUAAAAUAUGCACAUGGACAACUCAAACUGCAACUGAUUGCUGAGAUUAUAUUGAAUGCUCAACAACUAUCCGAAGACUCUUACGGUAACUAUGUUGUACAACAUUUAUUGGGUUUGCAAAUACCAGCAGUGACAGAAAGUCUAAUGAGACAGCUUGAAGGGUCAUUCUUUUAUCUUUCAUGCAAUAAAUAUGGAAGUAAUGUUGUGGAGAAGUUCUUUCAGUGCUCGGAAGAACAGAAUGCGGCACGUAUUACUGUGGAGUUGCUCUGCCACCCAAAUGUAGCAAUGCUUCUUGUAGAUCCCUAUGGAAAUUAUGUUAUACAAUCGGCUCUGGUGAUGUCCAAGGAUCCUAUUAGAAGUUCCAUAUUGCUGCUGAUCCAACAGAAUUAUCCAAUGAUGCGUAGCAAUGUCUAUGGCCAAAAGAUUCUUGAGAGUUAG